AUGAUACCAUCUUCCUUUGUAUUGGGAAAUGAGGGCGAUCCCAUUAGACAAAUUGUUGACAGCACAUUUCCUGAAUACCAUUCUGGAAAGAUGGAUGCAAGACAACUUGAGAGUAGAGCGAUUCUGGCUCCAACGUUAGAUGUUGUCGACGAGGUGAAUGAAUACAUGAACGGUAUGAAUCAAGCCUCAGCAAUAACAUAUUUGAGUUGUGAUUCUGUUUGCAAUUGCAUGGGUAAACCGGAAAUAGUUUGGUAUGCUGUGUGGCAACAUUUAUCAGAUGAUGCACAAUUCAACGUCCGUAGACAACUGCAGAAUAGAGAUUUUGUGUUGACCGAUUCGCACAAGACGAACUUUGCCUUAGUAGAGAUUGAGAAGCUAUUAUCUACUCAUGGUAAGAGUUUGAAAGACUAUCCUGAAAUGCCUACGGCAAAUUUUGGGGCCUUAAACGUUAUUGCAAAUAGGUUUAUUCAAGAAGAAUCAGCAUACGACUGUGGCGAACAGGAGAAAGAGAAUCAGGAAUUGGUAAGGCAAUUAAUAGAAGAACAAAAUGUCAUAUACAAUGAAGUUUUAACUGAUAUUGAUUGCCAAGAUGGGGGGUUAUUCUUCGUUUAUGGUUAUGGAGGGACCGGUAAGACUUUUUUGUGGCGAGCACUGUCUUCCGCAUUAAGGUUUAAGAGUGAAAUAGUGUUAAAUGUUGCCUCUAGCGGCAUGUCUUCGCUUUUAUUACCUGGUGGGAGGACUGCACAUUCUCGAUUUGCUAUACCGAUAUCUGUUAAUGAAGAUUCCACAUGCAACAUAAGUCACGGCAGUCAACUGGCAGAGCUCCUUGUGCAAACCAAGUUGAUAAUAUGGGAUGAAGCUCCAAUGAUGCACAAAUUCUGUUUUGAAGCCCUAGACCGAACUAUGCGGGAUCUGUUGCGCUUCAUAAAUCCAAGGAGUUAUGAUAUGACAUUUGGUGGUAAAACAGUUGUUUUUGGUGGCGAUUUCAGGCAAAUUUUACCAGUAAUUCCAAAGGGUACCAGACAGGAUAUAGUUCGAGCAAGCAUUAGCUCAUCAUAUCUCUGGAAAUUCUGUAAAGUUUUUAGGCUGACUAAGAAUCUACGAUUGAGAAGUGUUCAAUCAGAAAACGAGGGUAAGGAGAUUGAGGAAUUUGCAAAAUGGAUAGCUAAUAUAGGUGACGGAACAAUUGGUAGUCAACGUGAUGGUGAGUCCGAGAUUACUGUUCCAGAACAUUUGUUGUUGAAGUGCGAGGAUGACCCUAUUGCUACAAUUGUUGAUAGCACAUUCCCUAAUUUUAGACUGGGAAUUGGCAAUUUGUCAUAUCUUAAUGAUAGUGCAAUUUUAGCUCCAACAUUGGAUGUGGUAGAUGCCGUUAACCAAUACAUGAAUGAUCAUAAUCCGGUUGAGGGUAAGACAUACUUGAGUUGUGAUUCUGUGUGUAAGUCAGAUUCAAAUGUUGACAUGUUAGCGAAUUUGCACACUCCGGAAUUCUUGAAUGCCUUGAGAUGUUCUGGAGUACCAAAUCAUGCUUUGACUUUGAAAGUUGGAUCACCUGUUAUGCUAUUGCGAAAUAUUGAUCACACACUAGGAUUAUGCAACGGUACAAGGUUGAUUGUUACAAGGUUAGCUGACCACGUGCUGGAAGGCCAGAUCAUGUGCGGUACAAAUGCAGGAACCGGAGUAUUGAUUCCUAGAAUGUCACUUACACCGUCAGAUCCAAGAUUGCCUUUCAAAUUUCAACAAAAGCAAUUCCCUUUGAUGUUAUCCUAUGUCAUGACAAUCAACAAAAGUCAAGGACAAACGCUUGCUAAAGUGGAGUUGUUGAAAAAACCUGUCUUUAACCAUGGGCAAUUGUACGUAGCUGUUUCAAGAGUUAGUAACCCCAGGGGUUUGAAAAUUUUGAUUUGCGGGGAAAAUGUACCAUGUCUUAGUACGACUAAAAAUGUUGUGUACAACGAAGCCUUCAAUAAUGUAUAA